AGGAAAAUCAAAUUUCUAAUUCCCCACUCUCUCUCUCUCUCAGAAAUUCCCAAAUCAAUCAAACACGAACGAACCCUAACAGGAAGAAGAAGAAGAAGAAGAAGGAAUCGAAGAUCAAACACAAUGGGAGGAAGCACAGAGAAGCUGAUGAACCAGAUCAUGGAACUCAAAUUCACCUCCAAAUCACUUCAACGCCAAGCUCGAAAAUGCGAGAAGGAGGAGAAAUCCGAGAAGCUCAAGGUCAAGAAAGCCAUCGAGAAAGGCAACAUGGACGGCGCACGCAUCUACGCCGAGAACGCCAUCCGCAAACGCACCGAGCAGAUGAACUACCUCCGCCUCUCUUCCCGCCUCGACGCCGUCGUCGCCCGCCUCGACACCCAGGCCAAGAUGACCACCAUCAGCAAGUCCAUGGGGAACAUUGUCAAGUCUCUUGAGUCCUCCCUCGCUACUGGCAACCUCCAGAAGAUGUCGGAGACCAUGGAUAGCUUUGAGAAGCAGUUUGUUAACAUGGAGGUUCAGGCUGAGUUCAUGGAGUCUGCUAUGGCUGGUUCCACCUCUCUUUCAACGCCUGAGGGGGAGGUUAACAGUCUUAUGCAGCAGGUCGCGGAUGAUUACGGCCUCGAGGUAUCGGUCGGUCUCCCUCAGCCCGCUGCACACGCGGUUCCGGCUAAGGAAGCUGACAAGGUUGAUGAGGAUGAUCUUACCAGACGGCUCGCGGAGCUCAAGGCUAGAGGUUAAUUCGUGUUUGGUACUUUCAUGAUCAAUACUGCAGAUAAAUUAUUACAAAGUGUAGCUUUUGAAGCUACAAUGGUUUGAAUUGUGUGUUUAUACCACCAAUUCAAACACACUAUAAGAUAGAUGCUGUGUUAUAAAUUACUUAUAUUUCUAUUUUGGGAUUGUUAACUUGUUGAGGAAUGAUUUGUGUAUAUUGAACUGAAUUUGAAUUUGAUUGGCUGGCUGGCUGACUCCAUGAUAUUGUCAUGUGUGAAGACUUUGCUCGGUCGAAUUUCUGUGCCCUCCCUGUUAUAUUUAAGACAUUUGAUUGCUUGAUUCCAA